AUACUUAGGCUUGCUGUAGGUCGGGAAAGCUUGAAUGGGGAACAUUAGCUAGAGACUUGGAUCUAGUCGAGUUCGCCUGACGUGCUUUGGACACAAUGGUGGUAUGAGCAGAAGUUGAAGAUGUACGGAGGAUGUGCUGUGUGGCGGCGGCAUUCACCGAUGCAGAGCGCCUGGCAGGGCGGCGGCCGUUGAGUGAAUAAUUCCCAGCGCGAGAGCGGCCGGCGCAGCGUACGCACUCUCUUCUCCGCCGUCCACCAUGUCCUUCAUUCGUGCUGCCGCCCCUGCUCGUGCAUCCCGUCUCAACCAGCUCGCCACCAGCGCGCGCCGCUAUGCGAGCACCGAGCCGGGUGCCCAGAAGUCGUCCUCCAGCUUCCCGCUCAUCAUCGGCGGUGCAGGCAUUGUCGGCCUCGCGGGUUACAUCUACCUGAACGGACUCGGACUCGGCGCGAAGAGCACGGCAGCCCCGGCGGCCGGCGCAGGCAAGGCGUACACGCCCGCGACGAACACGACCUCGCCGCUCGACCCGUCCAAGUUCAUCGACCUCCCGCUCAAGUCCAUCGAGCCCUACAACCACAACUGCGCCAUCUACAGCUUCGCAUUGCCCGACAACCAGGCGGCCCAGCUCCCGGUCGCGUCGUGCGUGUACCUCGAGGCGAGCGAGAACCACCAGAAUGCGCUUCGCGACGAGAAGGGCAAGCCCGUUCACCGCCCGUAUACUCCCAUCAGCCCGAGCGACUACCCCGGCGAGGUCAAGUUCCUCAUCAAGCGGUAUGAGGGCGGCAAGAUGAGCCAGUACAUCCACAGCUUGAAGCCUGGUGAGCCGCUGGCGAUCAAGGGCCCGCUGCCCAAGAUUAAGUACGAGAUCAAUAAGUGGGAGGAGGUCGGCAUGAUUGCGGGAGGUAGCGGCAUCACACCGAUGUACCAGAUCGUCAACUACGCACUGUCCGACCCAAGCAACAAAACAAAGUUUACCCUCAUCUUCGCGAACGUCGAGGAACGCGACAUUUUGCUUAAGGACGAGUUUGACGCGCUGAAGAAGAAGCACCCGGACAGCUUCAAUGUCGUCUACACUCUGGACAAGCCCGGCGAGGGCUGGAAGGGCUACAAGGGGUAUGUGAACAAGGACAUGUUGAUGCAGCACAUCCCGCCGCCGAACCUCGGCGAGAAGGCUAAGGUCUUCAUUUGCGGUCCCCCGGGCCAGGUGAGCGCGAUUGCGGGGAAGAAGGACGGCAUGAAGCAGGGUCCCGUCGGGGGUAUCCUAAAGGAGCUUGGGUACACGGAGGACCAGGUCUUCAAGUUCUGAGAGCGUGCUGGGCAGAAUACAAUAGCGAUGCGAGAGCUGCUGUAUCGUGUUACAAUUCUCUGCGCAUGAAACACUUGCAUUGCUUUGUCUGAUACCACAUCGGCGAGCCAGAAACGCCGACGAACUAUAACGUGCACGUGACCGUGUCCGGGCGCCAGAAGGUGGGCUCGGAUGGAGGUGUCGGGAGCGGGUGAGUCUAACACGUCCGAACUAGACUGACAUCAUUUGCUUCAGACGCAGUG